GUGGCCUUCAGGGACAUAAAAAAAUCCAGCAGAGAACCUGUCAGUAAACAUCGGGUACUUUUAAAAAGAAGUUCGCCUCGCUGGUCUUUUUUUCUUCGUUGGUUUUGUCGUCCAGCAUGGCUUGGACAAAAUAUCAGCUGUUCCUCGCGGGACUAAUGCUGACAACUGGAUCAAUCAAUACGCUAUCAGCGAAAUGGGCUGACUUGUUUUCAGCAAAGGGUUGCCACGAUGACCCAGAGCACGACUUCUCCCACCCGUUUGUACAGGCAGUGGGGAUGUUCCUCGGAGAGUUCAGCUGUCUCGUCGUCUUCUACAUCUUGCUGUUCCACGACAAAAGCAGGCCAGAACCCAGGAUGAACCCCGGCCAGAGCUUCAACCCUCUGCUCUUCUUCCCUCCUGCCAUGUGUGACAUGAUGGCCACCUCCAUCAUGUAUGUUGCUCUGAACAUGACGAGCGCCUCCAGCUUCCAGAUGCUUCGUGGGUCGGUUAUCAUCUUCACCGGCCUGCUCUCUGUGGCUUUCCUGGGGCGCCGCCUGCUCCCCAGUCAGUGGUUUGGCAUCUGCGUCACCAUCCUGGGCCUGGUCGUUGUCGGGCUUGCUGACUUUAUCAGCGGACACAGAGACGACACCCACAAACUCAGCGACGUCAUAACGGGCGACCUCCUGAUCAUCAUGGCUCAGAUCAUUGUUUCAGUGCAGAUGGUUCUUGAGGAAAAGUUUGUUUACAAGCACGACGUCCAUCCUCUUCGAGCCGUUGGAACUGAAGGCCUUUUUGGAUUUGUUGUCCUGUCGCUGCUGCUCAUUCCGAUGUACUUCAUUCACGUCGGCAGCUUCAGCAACACCCCCCGGCAGGUUCUGGAGGACGCCUUAGACGCCUUCUGCCAAAUCGGACACAAACCUCUGAUCUUGUUGGCUCUGCUGGGGAACACGGUCAGCAUCGCCUUCUUUAACUUCGCCGGAAUCAGUGUUACUAAGGAGAUCAGCGCCACCACCCGCAUGGUGCUGGACAGCCUGCGCACGCUGGUCAUCUGGGUGGUGAGCCUGGCGCUGGGCUGGGAGCAGUUCCACGGCCUGCAGGUUCUGGGCUUCUUGGUUUUGCUGCUGGGGACGGCGCUCUACAAUGGCCUCCACCGCCCCCUCCUGGCCAGAAUACCAUGGUGCAUGGCCAGAAUGCACACUGAGGAAGAGGAGGGCAGCAGCGGCGAAAGAGACAGACUGCUGGAUAAUGGCCGGGCGCAGACGGCUGAAGACACAUAGACGGACUGAUGCCGUCACACAGACACUUUACAUCAAUGCUGUCAGCUCCUUUUUAUACAGGGAAAAAAAAACUUUUAUGAAAUGCGGGAGAAAACAUUUUAGUUUUUUUUUAUAAUUUAAUGAGGGAAAAAAGGAAAAGGCACAUUUGUGUACCGUACCACACAUAUGCAGCUCAUAAAUGUUAUGGGUUCUUAUGUUUAGAUAAAAACUUACAAAGUGAUCUUUUGAUUUAAAACCCUGAAAGAUUGGCCUCUAAUAGGGUCUGAUUUAAAAGCAUCUAAUACAAUUAAUAUUCCUAGCAAUCUUUAUCAUUAAUUUUUUCUAGUCUUUUCACAUUAAAAGCCUACUCUGCGAUAAGAAAACGUUCAGUACGAGCUUUGUUGUAGGUUUUUUUGUAGCAGUUUGGAGCUGAAGUGACUCAUAAUCACGUGGCUUCAGAUUACAGUGCAAAUUCAGCCAUUUUUUUCUUUUUUUCCUGAAAAUGCUAAAAUCUCUUGGCGGUUCUGUUCUUUUAUGUGCGGUUAAAAAAAGGCAGAUUUUGUAUUCAUCAUCACUUUCUUCCUUCGUGCCAAUAUGAACUUCCUACUAAUGGAUUUCUGUCAGGGUAUUUGAAAGUGCUGACAGACUUUGUUUUUUUUUGUUGUUUUUUUUAGCACAAUUUCCAAAAAAUUUAGAAAUUAUCCUUUAAAAGAACUGCUUUGUCUGUUUUGUUAGUAUUUUUUUUUUCAUUUUAUUUUUUUAUAAUUGAGGAGUUUUUUUAAGUGAAAAAACAUGUUCAGGACACUAAUAGAGGAGCUAGAGUUGGUUCUACAAUAUUUACACAAUAUUUACUGCCAAGUUGAUGAAGAAAAAAAUUAUGUUGUCUUGAUUUUCUCCCAAUUUCUGAACUGAAGGACCAAAAUCAAACAUGAGUAAUAGUUAAGGAUGAGCCUUGUAUCACUGUUUUGUAUUUUCAUUUGAAAAGGUUAAUUUUUUGUGAGGAAUUUACAUUUUUGUGCCAUGUUUUUUUCUUUUCUUUUUCAGGAAUGUGCUGUUGCAACUGCACUACAAAUGCUUCAGAGGGACACUGUCAUAGACAGUUUUUAAGUGUUGAUUUGUAUCAACAGGUCAGAGCUAAUACACAAGUUAGUUGUGGUUAUUGUCUGUUUUGGUUUUCCUAAAUAAUUUGUUGCAACCCGCGGAAAGAAAAAGGGAGCUCCUGUCAUGUUUCCUGUCUGCUGUUGAUUUUACAAAAGAGCCAUUUAAAGACGGUCAAAAUAAAAACUGGGAUGUGCAGGUGUAUCAGUGAAAUUGAAAUUAAAUCUAUGACUUUAAAAUGUG